AUGCUUCACGCAUUGUCUUCGCGUGCAGGUUCCCGAGACUGUCUCAAGGAGCGACUCGCGGCGGUUGCCCAGGACAUCAGACAGCAGCGAGCCUACAUCUUUGAAGAGCCAUUUGACUCCAGCGUCGACUGGAGCAGCACGUUCGAAGGCCUGCCAUGGACAUUUUGCAGAGGGACGAAGGCGUUUAGAGGCGUUGAUGCCUGCAUUGGGCGAAAUUGUCGCGAGAAUAUGGGGGUAUCAGUGCCUGAAGCGAUUCGACUUCAUCCUAUGAGGGGCGAGCAGCGACCACGUUCGCUUCAAUGA